AUGUCGUGUCACGUCUCUCAUGCAACCGACUGCCGUCGUCCUACUCUGGCGGUGGGACAUGAUGAACAUAAUGUGGCAGUGAUUUGCCAUAUCAUUGUUGCAAUUAACACCGCACACAACACUCUUCUUUAUCAUGUUACCUCCUUAAAUUCUUGGAUCAUCGAGGCGGAGACAAUCCGUGCUGCGGCAGAGGCUAAGGCCAAGGAAGCCUACGACAAGUUGAAGGUUAACCAGACUCUGGACGCCAAUGUUAAGAAAAUUGUGGCAGCCAAGGAAGAAAUUGAAAAAGUUCAUGGAAAUCUGGGAAAGGUUCACGGCAAUUUGGGAGCGUGGAAGACUCAGGCCAGGAGUGUGCUUCAAGGGGCGAUUGACAAGGCGACGGAAGUUCAUGAUGCUUUGGAUAUAGAUGGUAAAGGAGACAAGUUAAAGACACAGAUUGAAGGAAUUGAUAGUGCUAGACAACAAAUUGUGUCUGCGAAUUCGCAACUUGGCAACCAUGUCUCCAGUUUAGGUAAGUGGAGGGAUGCCGCCAAGGAUGUUAUUAAGAAGGCGGAUGAGAAGUGUAAAGAAAUUUUGGAGAAAGUUAGCACUAAGUCCCCAGAAAGUGUUAUUUACCAGCAAUCUGGAGAAUUACAAAAGAAAGGUACGACACUUCUGAGGGCGGCACAGGAGGCUAAGAAAGCUGUUGCGAAGCAAGUCGGUGAGGCCUUGAAGGCUGUUGUGGCCAUGGACACAGAUCUCAAGAGGGAUUUGAAGAGUGUUAAAAACAAAUUGAAGAAAGGUAUUGAAGACGUGAUUAGGAUUUUGCAGGUUAAUGAGUUGGGUAAUAAAGUGAAGGAUGAUUUGGGGACGUUGAGGCAGAAGAUUGAGGGGCUUAAAAAUAAUAUGGAUGAUGAUUCCAAACCUAAUGAGCUUGUUAAACAGGCGUUGGAAAACCUUGCAGAAGAGAAGCAAACUCUUGAAAAAGUUACCCAUAAGGACACCGGCUCAAUUAAGAGGGAGAUGGAUAAGCUUUACAACAAUUUUAAGACUGCGAUCCAAAAUCCGCUUGACACAAAAGUCAGUGAAGUUGACUCGGCGAUUGUGGCGCUUGGCGGGAAGUUUGGUAUACAACCGGAGGGUGAUAAAAAGAAACUUCAUAAGAUUUUUGAUAAAAUUAAAGAGGAAGUUGGGAAGAUUAAGGGGACGCCAAACCCCAAAGCAGGUCUGGAGGGGAUUGUCAGUGGACUGCAGAAUUAUGCUAAGGUUAUUGGCAACAAUGUGGGUAAGACGAAUGGCGGAACAGUGAGUCACUGGGUCAUGAGGAUUCUGAACGGAAAUGUGUUGGUUGGUGGAUGGAUUGAUGAGUAUGUUAGUCAUAACAAUGGCAACUUUCAAGAUAGUACAGUGACUGCCGAAAAUCAAAAGGCUGCAAAAGUGAAAACCGUUAUACAGAAUAAGAUUCAAGAACGUAUUAGAAGCGUUAAACCGAAACCAACGGGUACGAAAGAUGUUGGUGAAACUUUGAAGGAGAUUCAGGCGUUUCAUAAUGCCGUCUCUCAAACGAUUAAGGCAGAGCUCGCCCCGGAUAAGGCCGACGAGAUUGCAGGGAAGGUUAAGAGUGAUGUGUAUUAUGCGGGGGGAGGCAACAAAAUUGAACAUCUCCAAGGCGCAAUCAAGUCCACCCUCGCACAGCUGCCUGUGCUGGUCAAAAAUUCGGGAGACGAAAUAAACACAUUCGCCGACAGCAACGCCGCACUUGCCAAGUUGGACGGCAUUCUUCAACAAGCCACCACGCUUCACGGCCAGCUUAAAGCGGCGACUAACCCUGACCCUCCCACCGCCACAGAAAGCCCCGCCGAAGCCGUGGACAGUAAGUUGAACGCAGUGAGGGAAUUCGUGGAUGGGAAAAAUAGUGAUAAAGAUCUCGCCAAAAUAUUUAAUGAGAAAGUCACGGAUGAACUUACCAAAGCAGUUAAAGAACUUCCCGGCGCCGUUUCCACUUUCAACCAACAAGCUCAAACACAGAUCAGGGCUGCGGCCAAGAAGGCGAUUACAGCGGCGGCUGAGGAAAUCAAGACAGACAGUAGUGGCAUUAACCUGAAGGACACGAUGUCCAAUUUUCACAAUGUCUACAAAGAUAUCCAUCAGCUCGAGGAAAAACUUAACGGUCAAGUUGAUGAACACAUUGGGAAGGAUGAUAAUCAGGCAGGUGGUACAGGUGUUACAGCAGAUAAAGUCACCAUUACUAAAGACAAUUUUGGAAAAUAUUAUGAGCACGUUAAACAAGACUCAGAUGGCCUUAUGAAGGGUUAUCUAAAAGGCGAGUCAGAUGAAGGCAAGCUUCCAGAGGUGAUCGGGAAGAUCAAGGCUGAGGUGUACAAUGCUUUGCAAAUGAUCGAGCCAGGUUUCAGUUCCAGUCCUCGUGUCAAUAAAAUAGAUAAAGAUACCUUCGAAAAGCCAGCAAAAGCAAUUGAAAAAGAACUGCGAGCAAUCAAGGAAUUGGUAGAUGAUGUCGACGGGGAAGUUGUUAGGUAG